GCCGUCCCGCGCGCCAUGCGCCGCUCGCAAAACACCAAGUUCACCAGGAUCUUCGUGGACAGCCUGCGGUACUGCACCACCGACGCCUCACUCAGGAAGUACUUCGAGGACUUCGGCGACAUCAAGGAGGCCGUGGUCAUCUUCGACCCCCAGACGGGUAAGUCCCGCGGCUACGGCUUCGUGACCAUGGCCAACCCGGCGGCAGCCCAGAGGGCUUGUGAAGACCCCCACCCCGUCAUCGACGGCCGCAAGACCAACGAGAACCUGGCUUAUCUGGGCGCCAAGCCGCCGAGCCUCCAAACGGGCUUUGCCAUCGGGGUGCCGCAGCUACACCCCGCCUCGAUCCAGCGGACUUACGGACUGACCCCGCAGGACAUCCAGCUGCCAGUCACCGUGCAGCCUAGAACGGUGAUCCUGACCGCCCCGGUCACAUCGCUGUCUUCACCCUACAUGGAGUACACGCCGGCCAGCCCCACCUACGCCCAGUACCCACUGGCCACCUACGCCCAGCACCCAUACGCCGCCCCACCUGCUACGGCUGCCGGCUUUGCGGGCUGCAGCUACCCGGCCGCCGUGCCCCAGGUGCGCUCAGCCGCAACCCCCGGAGGCACCGUCUUCGUGCAGUACCUGGUGCCACAGCUGCAGCUCGACAGGACGCAGUGA